CCGGCCAUCUCGUUAGCGCUGGACUGCUUCCUCUUCUCUGGAUUCCCUCUGAACGCGCCUUGCCCGGAAGAGCAGUCGCUACAGCAGACCAGCAGCUCAGCUGCUAGCAGUAGUACUGUAGUUUCUGUCUCUCUAGCGGAGCAGCUUCUUAGCACCGGGACAAGGCGGACUGGGGCCUGGCCUUGACGCAAUGGUAGGAGAUGGUGCCUGUAUUAGCUCUGGAGUAACAUUGCUCUGGCGCUCUAUUUUUAAUUUCACCAUCCUUUUAUUGAUUUUUCUCUUUCCUAGCGGCGUCUGCUUGGGCCUGUUUUGUAUUUUUUUUUUCAGCUCUUCCCCAAUGACUCCGCCCGAGCCUUGCUCUACAGCAUUAGCUCCCCCGGCUUUCGUCUCGCUUUCUCAUCGACGUGGGCGAGUCCAAGGAUGCCUCAUGAUGCUCAGCUCGUGCUUCAGCUCGCAGUUUGCAGCCACUCCGACUUCCGCAACAGCUUCGGCUCUUGUCUCAUCCUCUUGCCGACCAGCGUUUACAUAUUCUCUUCCUCUCUCCUCUCUCUCCUUCUCUCCUGCUGCUGCUACUGCUCCAUCGGGCUGUACUGCAAUGUAUCCAAAAUAUAUUAACGACCGAGAUCAUUCAAAUGCGGCCCAAGCCCGUGUCGUUCUCGAUUGCCAUGUACACGGUACGGCAGCCUCUCUGCUGUUUCUCGCUCUCACAACCUGUAGCUAAUACAUACAAGACAAACACACACACACACACACACUCCCAUACUCGUAAACCCUGUCCUCUUUUCUUGAUGCUGCUUGGCUUGCAAAUUAUCCAGCCCACGCACACGCCCACGUCCACG